CCCAUCAUUCUGCCGUCUAAACUAUUGAAAACCGGAUGUCGGAAAUACUCUAUUUCCCAGCAGACAUUGUGACCCAUGUGAAGAGGCAGUGUUAUCUCGACCUUGGAGAUUGACGUGCAGCAGGCAGCAUGGCGAACAGAGAACCUAAUAGGUUGUUGCAGAUCCUGAGGGACUUGUCAGGACGGAUGUCCUCUGGAGGAGGCAGAGGAGCAGGAUUAGGAAUGAAGCUGCUGCUUGGAGCAGGUGCUUUAGCCUAUGGUGUCAAAGAAGCUACAUACACAGUGGAGGGUGGUCACCGAGCCAUCAUCUUCAACAGGGUUGGAGGAAUGCAGAUGGACACUGUUCUGUCUGAGGGCCUGCACUUCAGGAUCCCAUGGUUCCAGUAUCCUAUCAUCUAUGACAUCAGAGCUAAACCCAGGAAGAUCUCUUCUCUGACUGGCAGCAAAGAUCUGCAGAUGGUGAACAUUGCUGUUCGAGUCCUGUCCAGGCCCAUGGCAUCAAACCUGCCCACCAUGUACCAGAGACUGGGUCAGGACUACGAUGAGAGAGUCCUGCCCUCCAUCGUCAACGAGGUGCUGAAGUCUGUGGUGGCAAAGUUCAACGCAUCACAGCUCAUCACACAGAGAGCACAGGUGUCUCUGCUGGUGCGGAGGGAGUUGUAUGAAAGAGCCAAAGACUUCAACAUCAUCCUUGACGACGUGUCCAUCACUGAGCUGAGCUUCAGCAGUCAGUAUACUGCUGCUGUGGAGGCCAAACAAGUUGCCCAGCAGGAGGCGCAGAGAGCCCAGUUUUACGUAGAGAAAGCCUUACAGGACCAGAGACAGAAGAUCAUUCAGGCUGAAGGAGAAGCUGAAGCUGCCAAGAUGUUGGGUCAGGCUUUGACCAAGAACCCUGGUUAUCUGAAGCUGAGGAAAAUCAGAGCAGCGCAGAACAUUGCCAAGACGGUGGCAACAUCCCAGAACAGGGUGUAUCUUAAUGCUGACAAUUUAGUACUGAACCUCCAGGAGCAGACAACUUUUGACAAUUUGUCUAUGCUCAACAGGAAGUGAUGAAGAGGAGGAACACAACAUUCUCUGGGGAAACCCUUCGCCUGAAUCGUCUGCUUUUUUUUUUGAGAAAAAGAAAAUCAACACACAUACAAAUGGACAUGAAUAUGACAGCAAGGAAGAUGAAAUUCAAUUUUGUUUUGUUCUAUGAAUGUUGUUUCAAAUGCAGGUAGAGAUUUGGAGUGACCUGUACCGUUCUAUAAGGUCGGUCAUUUAAUAAAAAAUACAGAUAUUUCAUUUGGCUUCAAAUAUUGACAUUCGUGUUUCUCUUAAGAAAAUAGCGAUGGAAGAAAAAAAUCUGUAUAAAUUUGAAUUAAUGCAACAAAACUAAAGACCCAGGUAGACCAGUGCCCAAGUGUUCUGUGUUUACAGACUGUCCUACCCACUGCUUUGUUGAUCUAGGUUUUCUAAUGUAUUUACAUCAAUAAUUUGUUCCACCUCUUGCUGUGGGACUGGAGUCCAGGUCUGGACUUAGUAUGGACCACAAAACCUGACUAGGUAACAGAGUUAGCACUAAAUAAUCCGUCAAUAAAUAUUUCUUUUCAAUGUU